CUUCAGCCUUUGGGGGAGGGGCAGGCGGGGCGGUGACGUCAUCGCUCAUGGCCCCGCCUUCCUUCUCACCCCACCUCCCCUGAGAGCGCGCCCCCGUACCGGCGGGAAGAGGAGAGGCUUCUUUCGGUGUGCUUACGAGAGUGUGUCGGGGGCGCGCACGGCGACGGCUUGGGCGCCAUGUUGGAAGGUUGCUGAGCCCGGCCGCCGGGGCUUCUGUGUUUUUCCCUCUCUCUCUCUCUCUCUCUCUCUCUCUGUGGCUGAGGCUGAACCACCAUCGCUCCCGCGGCUGCUAGUGCCUGUUUCCUGUGAGGGCCCGGGGGGCAGGAGGAGGAGGAGGUGGAGGAAGAAGUAGAGGAAGAGGUAGCAACGGAUCAUGGAUAUCGAGAGGCUGCAGGAGGCGCUGAAAGAUUUUGAAAAGAGAGGGAAGAAGGAAGUGUGUCCAAUACUGGAUCAGUUUCUUUGUCAUGUUGCCAAGACUGGAGAGACAAUGAUUCAGUGGUCGCAGUUCAAAGGCUAUUUUAUUUUCAAAUUGGAGAAAGUGAUGGAUGACUUCAGAACUUCUGCUCCUGAGCCAAGAGGCCCUCCUAACCCCAAUGUGGAGUAUAUUCCCUUUGAGGAGAUGAAAGAACGUAUUCUGAAAAUAGUCACUGGCUUUAAUGGUAUCCCCUUUACUAUUCAGCGACUCUGUGAGCUGCUGACAGAUCCAAGGAGGAGUUACACAGGAACAGAGAAAUUUCUCAGAGGAGUAGAAAAGAAUGUCAUGGUUGUCAGUUGUGUGUAUCCAUCUUCAGAGAAAAAUAAUUCCAAUAGUUUAAACAGGAUGAAUGGUGUAAUGUUUCCCGGAAACUCACCAAGCUAUUCUGAGAGAUCUAAUAUAAAUGGUCCUGGAACUCCCCGACCCAUAAAUCGAUCAAAAGUUUCUUUGUCACCUCCUAUGACAACAAACGGUUUACCAGAUAGCCCAGAAAAUAAAGAGUCUGGUCUCCCGCAAGCGGAAGAGAAAACUAACAGUGAAACACCAGCAUCUGAGCCUGAAAGAGUGCAAAGCAGUCCUGUAAAAAAUAAACAUCCUGAAGAAGAUCCAGCAGAAGUUGAGGAGCGUGAGGUGAAGAGACUUAAAUUUGACAAAGAGGAAGAAGUUGAAGAGACCUCCAACCAAAGUGGUUCUACUGAAGUUUGUACAGCAAUGGUAGAAGAGACUGAGACAACCUCUGCAUCUCAAGAGAAGGAAAAAGAAACCAUUUGUGAGAGACAGCAUUGUAAAGAGGACGAUGAGGAGGAAGAAUCCCUCAUGACGCCAAGAGAAAUUAUUCCAGAAGGAAAAGAUCAAGAUAAAGACAAUGCAUCUUUAACUGUGAAAGAAGAUGUUUCUGAGGAGAAUAAUCAAAUGGAGGAAUCUGAUGAGACUCAAGCAGAGAAGGACUUGCCUUCUGAAGUCAGUGAAAACAGUGGGUCUGUCAGUAGGAGAGCUGACUGCAGUGAAACAGAAGAAUUGGGCUUGUAUGCCCGUGAAACUCCUGAAAUGGCAUCAGAGACCCCAAUGGAAAACAGCGAUGAAGCCACAGAAGCUCCAGAAGAACCUAUGGAACAAGAUUAAUAAUUUAAAUACACUUAGAGGCAGUAUUUUCCAUGAGGCUCUGGUUUUACACUGUAUAAAUAAUUUUAUGUAAUAAAAGUGGAGCUUUAGUUUUACAACAGAAGCAGGCUGUAAAUUGAACUAAAUGAAUGAAAUCCUGGAAGAGUUGUACUUAUUAAGAACUGUGAAAUACUGGCUCCUUCAGGUCCUGCUUACCGCUGAAAUUUCAGUAUGGUCAAAUCUGGUCUGUGUAUAGUUUUUUUAUUUAGAAUUAAAGUUUUUAAACUGGAAGGUAAUUAUAAUUUUGACAACUUUUUGGAGAUUACCACAUUUAGUUAUCUGUAUGCAAGAAAGCUUUUGUUCUCUCUCUCUCUCUUCUCCCCUGCUCCCCCCAAUGCUGUAGCAGUUCUGUUUUGAUUAAAGUUCAGCAUUAACAUGUGAAUUGUAGGGCUCUUUUUGGUUUUCAGGUUUUCAGCAUUGUGUACUUUUAAAAAGCUACACAUUUGACACAUAAUACUUGAAAACAUGCUAAUCUAAAAAGAACCUAUGCUUGCACUGUAAGAUGUAUGAUUUUUUUCUAAUGGAAGCAGUUGAGUUCAUUUCACACAAGGCAACAUUUUCACCUCUGAAUAAACCAAAUAAAAUAUGGCCCACCUGAUAUCCUGAAGAUCCAAAUGCUGUUGAAAGUACCGGGUUAAAUACGUUCCAACAGAACUGUUCUGAGAAAAUGUGUUAAGAGGAGAACAGUCUUCAAAACAGCUUUCAAAAUAGUUUCAGCUUUUUGUAGGGGGGAAUGUUUGCAAACCUGAGAAGACAACUGGUGCAGUUUUGGCUUUUCUCAGAUAACGUGUUCAAAGUAGACAGAACAGACUGGUAUAAAAAUAUUGCAACAUUUGCAAGACAAUAUUACCUUAGUUAUGUACCUGAGCUGAACGGCUGACUAGCAGUGUAGGUAGGAGUACAUAGAAACUACCACAAUUUGUACAUCAUUUUGAAAGUUUAUUAAAUAUUUUUGAACAUGCUACUUUGACAGCCAGUGUUAACACUUUCUUUUCCAAAACCAGCUCAAAGCACAACUACUGCUUUAAACUCUUCAUAUUUUUUUUCAGACAUCAACAUGUAAAGACAUUCAAGAUGCAACCUCCCAGUCUCAUUUACUGGCUGCCAAAUUUAUACCUGUUUCUUCAACUGUACCUUUUUGAUAUUUAGAAUUUUUAAAUUUCUGUAAAGUAGAUUUUUGUAGAUUGUAAAGAGUGCUCACUGCCAUUGUGAAACGGUAUAUAAUUGUAUAAUUUGUGUGUAAACUGAAUGCUUGGGCUUUCAAUACAGUAUUCAUAUAAAGCAAUAAAUAUUAAUGUUAUAAAA